GGGUGAGGGGCAGAGCUGUCAAAUGGAGAGAAAGCAGGGUUUUUUUUCGGCUUUGAAGGAGGAGGUGACGAGGGGGCUGUCGCCGGGGAGGUCGAGGGCGAAAAGUCCGGCCAGGAGUGGGUCCCCAAUGUCGGGGCUGCUCAGGCGGCGGAGGAAUCAUCACGUGGCGCAGCCGGAGCCGUUGAUGAUUCUGAGAUCCGGGAACUUGAGGCCCGCCGAGGCGCUGUCGCCGCUGAAGGAAGGGCCGGAUGGCACGGACGGUGGAGAUUCGAGGAUGGAGGGGAAGUGGGGCCACUGGAUGAAGGGGCAGCUGUGCAGGACGCCUUCGGUUUCGUGCUCAACCUACAAAAGGUCGGAUCUGCGGCUGUUGCUUGGGGUUCUGGGUGCGCCGCUCGCCCCGGUGCACGUUAGCACCACUGAGCCUCUGCCUCACCUUAGCAUCAAAGACACACCCAUUGAGACUUCAUCUGCUCAGUAUAUAUUGCAGCAGUAUACAGCAGCAUCAGGAGGGCAGAAGCUUCAGAACUCAAUCCAUAAUGCUUAUGCUAUGGGAAAGGUGAGAAUGAUCGCCUCGGAGUUUGAAACGGCCAACAGGGUUGUACGGAACAAGAAUUCCUCCAAAGCAGCAGAGUCGGGCGGUUUUGUCCUGUGGCAGAUGCAUCCGGACAUGUGGUAUGUGGAGCUUGCACUUGGCGGCAGCAAGGUUCACGCUGGUUGCAAUGGAAAGCUUGUGUGGAGGCACACGCCUUGGCUUGGUGCACAUGCUGCAAAAGGGCCUGUCAGACCCUUGCGACGGGCACUUCAGGGGCUUGACCCACGAACCACUGCUAGUAUGUUUACCAGCUCAAGAUGCAUUGGUGAAAAGAAGAUAAAUGGCGAGGAUUGUUUCAUCCUCAAGCUUUCUGCAGAUCCUUUGACGCUGAAAGCCAGGAGCGAAGGGCCUGCGGAGAUCAUUAGGCAUGUUUUAUUUGGCUACUUCAGCCAGAAAACAGGGCUCCUUGUACACUUGGAAGAUUCCCAUUUGACCCGCAUUCAGAACAACGGAGGUGAUGCUGUUUACUGGGAGACCACAAUAAACUCAUUCCUCGAUGAUUACAAGCCCGUUGAGGGGAUUAUGAUCGCUCACUCGGGACGUUCAGUAGUAACCCUAUUCAGGUUUGGAGAAACUGCAAUGAGCCACACCAAGACGAGGAUGGAAGAAGCUUGGACAGUUGAGGAAGUGGCAUUCAAUGUCCCUGGCUUGUCAAUGGACUGUUUCAUCCCUCCUGCUGAGCUAAGAUUUGCUACUAUGAGCGAAGCCUGUGAGCUCCCUCAGGGUCAGACUGUAAAUAACGCUGCGGCAGCAGCUGCGUAUCGGGCGAAAGUUGCAUCAUUCGAGAAGUCUCAUGGAGGCAAUGCAAGUAAUCUUAUGUGGAAGAUGGAUGUUUGAAAGAAUAAUUGUAUGGACUGACUUAUAUCAAAGGUAGGCAUGGUAAGAUGGGAGCCGAGUUGCAUGCAGGACUUCUGUGAUGGAUCGAUGUAGUUUCAAACUUGUACAUAGUGAGUUGUCUGUAGAUUUUCUCAGGUGCCUGAAAAAUUGUUGUGCUCGAGUCAAAAAUCAUUGUGGAGUCGGGACUCGGGCUUUUGGUGGAUGAUUGAGCUGCGUAACGGAGCUCAUUUAGAACCAAUAGUGAUUAGGAUUCCUCUUAAGAUCAGUUACUAUUUAUGUAAAAUUCGUAUUUUGUAGGGUUUGAUGCAAAAUUGUACUUAAUUUCAGAUUGACUUGGAGGUUCUGCAUUGUACCUUUUUACAGUUAGAUUUGCGAAAAAUCAAAACUGAAAAGAAAAAGAUGCAAAUGUUGAAGUCA